UCUCGUGUUAUCCAUCUUCUGGUCUAUAUGGCAGGCAGCUUUGCUUGUGUAUAACAUUUUUAAUUAAAAUUCAAAGGAAACAGAGCAAAAACCCACGAAGAAACUAAUUCAAAGGUGAACAUCAGAUAUUUAUCUCUCUCUCAUCCUUUUGUGGUGAUGGGAUCAAGAAACCGCUUCACUUUUAAAAAAAGAUGGUGAUGGUCGUAGGAGAAACAUCCAUGGAGCUUGACCAGUGUUUUCAGAUGACGAUGAUGAAUAUGGAAGGAGUCUCGAUCAAAGAGUGGAAAGAUAUCCCUGUUGAGCUUCUCAUGAGGAUCCUCCCCCUUGUUGAUGAUCGGAAUGUCAUUGCUGCUUCUGGUGUUUGCUCUGGCUGGAGAGAUGCCAUCUCUCUUGGUCUCACUCGUCUCCGUCUCUCUUGUUCGGAUCUUUCGUCGUUGCAUUUGUCUAAGAUGACAACUCUUGAGUCUUUGAAGUUUGAACCUUUAGAAGCGUUCAGCGACAAAGCUAUUGCGUAUCUGACCAGGUCCUGCAGAAACCUUGUGUGUGCAGGCUAUUGGGAACAACUGCAAUCAGAUGCAGUCACUAAACCUGGGACGGUGUGAGAAGAUCAGUGAUGAUGGGGUCAUGAGUUUAGCUUAUGGCUGUCCAGAUCUGAGGACUCUGGACUUGUGUGGUUGUGUUCUCAUUACAGAAACAUAACAGACAGAGCCAUGUACCCGCUAGCUCAGAGCGGGGUGAAGAACAAACCGGGGCAAUGGAAAUCAUCAGUUAAGAAGAGCUGAGGAGUCUCAACAUCAGCCAAUGCACUGCGCUUACACCUUCGGCCGUUCAAGCGGUUUGCGAUACGUUUCCUGCUCUUCACACGUGUUCGGGAAGACAUUCGCUUGUGAUGAGCGGGUGUUUGAACUUAACGUCUGUGCAUUGUGCUUGUAUCCUUCAGGCUCAUCGCGUGGUUCCUCUCUGCUCACUGAAAGAGAGGGAAUGGGUUAAUGUUGUAUAUAGAAGCAUAAUAUAUUUUAGGAGAUUAGAUGCCAAACUCUAAAAUGGUUCGAGUUGGUUUCUUUAUGUUGUCUUGAAAGAUAUUUUGUAUGUGUUGGUGCGAUGUUCAUCACGACUGUAAGGACUCUUUGCUACUACUUAUUACUUAAUAUUACCGAAGGUAGAGUUCCUCUUA